AUGCACUCUUUAAUCAUUAUCAUCUUUAUUUUGUCAAUCUUUGUUUCGUUUGUUGUUUCUCAUAACAACAACGAUUAUGGUGUUGUUUACAACACAUCAUCAUCAUCAUCUUUAUUCUCAUCGUUCAACCAUCAUGUUGAACUUCAAUCAAUUAGCAUCAACGAUCAUUAUGUUUACCAUAACACCUCAUCUUUCAACCAUGUUGAACUUCAACCAAUUCCAAUCAUUUCCAUUGCUCAUAAAAAUAAUAAAUCCUAUUCAUUUAUUCACCCAUUAUCCAUUAAUAAUUCAAGUGAUAUUAUUGUGUCUCAAUGUCAAUCACAACCAUUACCAUUACCAUUACCAUUAAUUUCAAAUUACUCAACAACCAACCUUAUUCUUUUAGAAGAAAAGGAGAAGACUGUUCAAUUGAACAGCAGCACCAAUACAAUUUCAAACACUUGUUUAGACAAUAAUCCAAUAAUUUGUUUUCCAUCCAUGUCCUCUGACAUAAUAAUUCAAUAUAAUGAUGAACAUUCAUUCAACAUUUCAAUCAUUAAUAAUAAUAAUAUUAAAAACAACAAUAAUAAUAAUAAUAAAUCAGUCUCAUUUAUUCACUCAUUAUUCAUGUACAUUCAAUUUAAUUCAAGUGAUGUUUCGAUUCAUUUUCAAUUACCACCAUUACUCUUAAAUCAUUCAUCACCCAACCAUUUUCUUUUAGCGGAAGAGGAGGAGAAGAAGGAGGUGUCAUUUCAAUUAAACAACACAAUCAUAUUCUCAUUGUUCAACCAUGUUGAACAUCAAUCAAAUACUAUCAAUAAUAAUAAUAUUUCUUUCCAUCAAUCAACCAUUUUAUAUUAUAAUAAUAAUAAUAAUUUAUCAUUUAAUUCAUCAAUGUUAACUCCUUUUAGUUUAAAUGUUUUGUCUCAAUCUCAUUUUCAAUUACCAUUGAAUCAUUCAACAACCAACAACCACAUUCAUUUAGAGGAGGAAGAAGAUUAUGUUCAAUUGAACAGAACCACAAAUACAAUCCCAUGUUUUGAACAUCAACCAAUUCCAAUCAUUUCCAUUCACUCAUCCAUGUCACCCAUUCCAUUAAACUCUAGUGAUGUUUUGUUCAAUAUUAAUUUAGAUCAGGAGGUGAGCAGCAGUACAAUCUCAGUUUCAUAUUUCAACCAACCAAUUCCCAAUAAUAAUAAUAAUAAUAUUUCAUUCUUCAAUGACCAUCAAUCAUUGAUUCCAUGUUUUAAUUCAAGUGUCAUUUUCACAGAUUGUCAAUCAUCAUUACCACAAUUAAUCUUAAAUCAUUCAACAACCAACCACCACAUUCUUUUAGAAGAGGAGGAGGAGGAGUCUGUUCAGUUGUCGUGUUUCAGCCAUGAUAUAAACCAUUCAUCAGUUCUUAUCGAUAAUCAAUCAAAUAAUAAUAAUAAUAAUUAUUUUUCAUUAGUUUAUUCAUUAUCCAUUUCACCUAAUCAUUUCAACACAUCCACAUCAUCAAACACAUCAUAUAUAUCAAACACAAUCAAAUCAACAAGAUCAAUUGCAAGCCCAUUUAAAUCAAGACAUUCCAACAUUUCAAAAUUAAAAAACAAAGCAGUAACAAACUCUUUCAAUUUGAUUCAAUUUACUCACUCUUCUUUUAAUUCUAUAGAUACUUUUACACUUGCCAGCAAUCAUUCUCUCAACUUCUUUGGCUCCAUUCAUCCAACAAUAAUUCAACAAUCAUCACCAAUCAACAAUCAUACAAUCCUUACCAAUCCAUCCCCUCAUUCACCAAUCAAUCAUUUAAUCAACCCACUCUCCACAAUCAUCACCAACCAACAAUCUUACAAUCCUCACCAAUCGAUCCACAAUCCUCAAAUCAUCAUCCGACAAUCUUCAAUUAAUAAUAAUUAUAAUAAUAAUAAUAUUAACUCUUCCAUAGACAAACAACCCCUUUAUUGUUCACCAACCAAUAAUAAUCAUAAUAACCCACAGUCAUUAAAUAAUACAAACAAUAUUAACAUUAAAUUUUACACCCUCUUCAAUGUACAAACAACCCCCAUCAUUGUUCACCAACAAAUAACAACAUUACAAUUACAACAAAGAAUAAUCAUAAUAACAUUACCAAUCACUCCAAUCCACAAUCCUCAUUCAUUCAUUCAUCACCAAUCCUCUAGUCAGUCGCCCGUCCCAAAUCCAGUGAUCAAGAGUACCAGUUUCCAAGCAACAAUUACCACCAUUCGUAGACCAACAUAA